GCCGGCAGUCCAUGACCCACUUCUUAAGUCAACUCCUGCCAAAGAGUGUGCAUUUGUGUGUGCGUUUGUGUUUGUAUGUGUGUGUGCAUGUGUCAGCUUCUCUAAUGAGACACAGAGAACAUAAAGAAUUUCUACAAUUUGGAUUAACAGUUUCUGGUCAGAGGGAUUCACAGCGGCCGAGUUUUAUGAAUAAAGGCAGUGCUGGAGUGAGGGAUAGGCUGGAUACGCCCUGAACAAGCCAUCGGUUCAUCACAGGUCAGAAACAGGCAGACAGCCACACACUCGCAAACCGGAUGCAGAACAUGCAAACUUCACACAGAAAGGCUCCCCAGCUCAGACGUGACCGUCGACACUCUCACUAUGAAAAGACCGUGCGAAACCAUCAAACCACUGCAGGAUGGGCUGUAUUAAGUCCUCGCUGAGUGGCGGUCUGGAGAGGAAGCCCAGCCAGCAGACUGUACGUACCGAGCAAACGCAUUAUGUCAGAGACCCCACCUCCCAAACAAAACACAACAUAAAUAACUCCCUGUUGCCUGGUCAGGAAUUUCAAAAGAUGGAGGAGGAAAACAGAAUUGGUAAAAUAGUAAUCGGCCUGUACCCGUACGAAGCCAUGCACGGAGACGACUUAGGAUUCAAGAAGGGGGAAAAGAUGAAGAUCUUAGAGGAACAUGGCGAGUGGUGGAAAGCAAAGUCCUUCACCACCAACAAGGAAGGCUUCAUCCCGUCCAACUACGUCGCUCAAGCCGACACCAUGGAAACAGAAGAAUGGUUUUUCAAGGACAUCACGAGGAAGGGCGCGGAGAGGCAGCUGCUGGCCCCAGCAAACAAACCAGGCGCUUAUCUUAUCAGGGAAAGUGAAACACAAAAAGGGAGCUACUCGCUGUCCGUCAGAGAUGUGGAUCCUCAGGGGACGGAUUCGGUCAAACAUUAUAAGAUUCGGUCGCUGGACAAUGGUGGCUUCUACAUCUCCCCAAAAAUUUCAUUUGCAGACAUUGGCAGCAUGAUCAAACACUACCACAACAAAGCGGACGGCCUGUGUCGGCGGCUGGAUCGUCCGUGCGCCAAACCGAAGGCUCAGAAGCCGUGGGACAAAGACGCCUGGGAGAUCUCCAAAGAUUCCAUCAAGAUGGUGAAGAAGCUGGGAGCGGGGCAGUUUGGAGAAGUCUGGAUGGCGUACUACAACAACACGACCAAAGUGGCGGUGAAGACGCUGAAGCCGGGCACCAUGACGGUCGAGGCCUUCAUGGAGGAGGCCAACGUCAUGAAGACGCUCCAGCACGACCGGCUGGUUCGGCUCUACGCCGUCGUCACCAAGACCGAGCCCAUCUACAUCAUCACGGAAUACAUGGCGAACGGGAGUCUUCUAGACUUUUUAAAGAGCGACGCAGGAUGGAAGCUGCAGCUACCAAAGCUCAUUGAUUUCUCAGCCCAGAUAGCAGAGGGCAUGGCGUACAUAGAGAAUAAGAAAUACAUUCAUCGGGACCUGAGGGCAGCCAAUGUCCUGGUGUCCGAGAGCCUGCUCUGUAAAAUAGCCGAUUUCGGUUUGGCUCGAGUCAUCGAGGAUGACGAGUACUCUGCCAGGGAAGGAGCAAAGUUCCCCAUUAAAUGGACCGCUCCAGAGGCCAUUAACUACGGCAUCUUCACCAUCAAGUCAGACAUGUGGUCCUUUGGGGUUUUGCUGUAUGAGAUCCUCACUUAUGGAAAAAUCCCUUAUCCAGGCAUGACUAAAGGAGAGGUGAUGUCCUCGGUGCAGCGCGGCUACAGGAUGCCUCAGCCGGACAACUGUCCCUCAGAGCUGUAUGAUAUCAUGAUGUCCUGCUGGAAGGACAAGCCUGAAGACAGGCCCACCUUCGACUACCUGCAGAGCGUCCUCAACGAUUUCUACACGGCCACAGAGGCACAGUACCAGCAGCCGUAGCAAGAAAACUCUGAUGAAUGAAGACAUUUCAGAUCGAAUUUGACCCUAUAGUGGAAAUGAAAUGUUGAUAUUAUUUGUGUAUGAUACAUUCUACAGCAUACUGUAUUUUUUUCAUUUAUCUGCUGGUGGAUUCAUACAAUUUGCUUGAUAUUAAGCUUGACUACUUCAAAUAAUGUCAGAGUGUAAAUACGACAUGUUGUCUGGAUCAUUCUUGGUCUCAAGCAUAUCUUGACAAUCAAAAAAGGAAGUAUUUUGUAGAAUUAUGCUAAAAACUGAUGACAAUUGUGUACAAAGAAGAAAAGAGUCUACAGAGUAAUUUACUUUUUUUUUUUUUUUUUUUUUUUACCUCUGCUUCAUUUCAUUUCAUUUGUUAGAGUGACUGAGCAACUAUCAGACACUAUAGAAAGAGCUGGUCAGAGGAGGAGUGGACAUAGCAUUUUUUGGCAUUUCUGUGACAUUUAUAUACUUUUUAUGUGAUAUAAUUUCCAGUAAAGUGAUGUGUUGGUGGUGUCAAAUGUGUACGCGAACAACCGGUGGUUCUGUUUCUACAGUAUAUCCAUUCAUCAUGGUUAGGCCGAUCAUCUGCUGUACAAGGCUGCCACAACAAAAUAUGAGUGAAGGUGAAUUUAGCAGCUGGAUAAACAUUUAACAGAGACUGAACUUGCACUGUUGUCAUGCAAUGUAAUCCAACCCAUUUCUAUGAAGUUGAGGCGUUUGUAGUUUGGCAAUGCAAACUUCAUCUUCUUCAUCGAGCACUCUGUUGAGAUCAUGGUGACAGGGUUAGUCCCGCCGUCACUUUUAGUUGCUUGAAAUAUUAAUAAAACUGCAACUUAAGUCUUUAAAUGUCCUGGAAGCAACUGGUGGAACCAGACAUCCAAUUUUCAUUUACACACUGUCUUUUCUGUUUCUUUUUAUCUCCCCCGCCCCCUCCUCUUUUUUUUUUUUUUUUUUUUUUUUUUUGUAGGUAACCUAUUUUGCAUUUAAAAAACCAAAAGCUCAUUAGUUUCUAUGUAAAAAAAAGUCUCCAGGGUGCCUCUAUAGAGAAUUUCUUUGAUGUGUGAAUGUGAAUGUGAUAUGAGGUGUAAAGCAUUUUGGGCUUUGCCCAAAAAACAAAGUACUAGUGUAGUCCAUAUAGCAUUUACAAUUUAACCAACAUAGCCUCAGUACUGUGUUGAAAAGGGUUUGAAAAGCAGUAAAUCCUCAUCCAAGUUGUUCCUUUUCUAUUUUGCUAUGUGAAAAAUGAAAUAAGGCCAUAUAUGGUUACCAUUUUUUGGUAACCAAACUAUUAUUUUUUGGGGGAAAUUGUAUUUUUAUUUGGAGAGGCACAAUUUUUCACACGCAGUAUGUACAGCCAAUGUCAUACAAGAACAUG